CAUCUAACCCUUCCUUGUUGACGUUCCUUUUCCAAACAUACCGUAUGGCUGCUCCUGCUUCUACUCCGUCGGGUUCGGCGAGUCGAGACGCCACCAAAGAAGACUUUGGCCAACCGGAUCCGGUGGGGGUCUCCGUCCAGCCGGCUCCGGGCAACCUCAAGGCCCCGCCUCCGGCUCCUCCGGUGGUCACCAAGAGGCACGAGCCUUCGUACGGGGAUUCGGAAGGCUCGGAUCAUUACACCGUCGCCAAGUCUCUCUUGAACGAUGGGGAUUUCGAAAACGCGUUAGCGACGAUUGAGGAAGGUAUCGAGAAGACUCGGAACGAUUUGGAAGCCCACGACCCGGAGGCGGAUCCGGAUCGACUCGCCUUGCAUCCAGCCAUGGCACCCUUUCACUACCUGUACGGUACCACCUUGUUGUACAGCAUCGAGGAAUCGACGGACACACAAGCCAUGGCGAUGCCCCACGCGAGUGCCGAGCAGGAACCGCAAGGAGGCGAUACCAACGGACCCAACGACGGCCAACAUACGGACCUCCCCACAGAAGAAGUCGCCGACGAAAUGCAGAUUGCCUACGAGAACUUGGAAGCCGCGCGUGUUAUUGCGGAAGCACUCCGACUUUCGCAGCCGGAAAAUACGAAACUGCAACUAGACCUGGCCCAAAUCUUCCUCCGCGAAGCCGAUCUACAGCGCAUGAACGGACAGUACGAUGCCGCGCUGCAAGAUUAUACUUCGUGUCUUUCUUUACGACAGUCCCUACCGGAAGCGCUGCUCGGUCCGUACGAUCGCAAAAUUGCCGACGUCCACUACAACCUCGCUCUCGUUUACAGUCUAGCGGUGGCGGAAGCCGUCAAACCAACGGACGAUCCUCACGCACUACAGCAGCAUAACGAACGACUGGCGCUGUACCGCAAACGAUCCUGUCAUCACUACGUCACUUGUGGUAGAAUUCUAUGCGGGCAAAUAGCUGCCUUGGCCGGUCAAGAUCCGGACACCUUUUUGCAAAAGGCUCUCGAUGAUUUACCGUCCUUCAAGAGUACCGGCGAAGAGGACGGAGCGAAUGACGAAAACGAUCAUCCCAAAUUGGCCAGUCUCAAGCUCCAAACCUUACGCCGGCACGCCGCACAGGCCGCCACUAGUAUGACAUCACUGGAUGCUCAAGAAACUGCCCACGAACUGCUUGAUUUGCUGCAGGAAAUCCAAGAAACUAUUGAUGAGUCGGAAAACUCCGAGCAAGGCGUCCAAACGGUCGCCAGCAUGAAGGCGGAGAUAUCCGCCGCUGUAGCAGCCCAGCCUGGUGACGACGACGAGGAAGGUGCCGGCACAGCCCUUGGCCUUGAAGAUUCUAACGCUUGCACUGCCACCACGACAAUCGGGUUUGGCAGUAGUGCCGCCAGUGAAAGUACGGAGGCAGUUAUCCCACUGCUGGCUGUCCGGAAAAAACCCAAACGCACCGCCGACGAUGCCAAACUGCCCGCGUUGGACGAUUCUCGAAAAAAAACGUCGCCAAGUAACACGAAGAAUUGAAGACGGGAUUUUUAUAAACACAAGCAAAUUUUCCUUCGCAGUCUUUUGAAUGGCACUUUACAUUAGGAGUGUUUGUUGCAAAGAUGGAUUUGGUGUGCAAGUGGAGCAAUCGAGUUUCUGGUAUCUCGUAAUAGCGCAUUACAUGGCUCUUUGUUGCCUCCAGACAAAACACAGACAACAGUCUCCAUUAUUUAAAUCCUUGUAGGGAACCUUUGUUACCAAUUUGAGCAUCAGUAAACUAGAUUGUUGGCAUGUUGUAGACUGAUUAGCUCUGUUGCAAAAGAGACGGGUGGUUGGCAAAGCCAUCUCCAUUUCGAGAAAUGAUUUUGUGUUAUAGAGCGCGCUUGUUUGCUUGCACAACAAAGCAAUGACCAUGGUUUGCGCUCUCGUUGGUACAAAGAGCAAACUGACUAGAGGCAUCAAUUGGCAUCCUGCAGACUGAUGACUUGAAAAGAUUCAACAUGGGUAUUUCCUUUCAAAAACCUCUAGAGAGGCACCACUCAUCUUGCCACAGGUAAAGCAGGCCACGCGUCAUGGCUUUUGAACUAGGAUUGUGAGCCCCUGUCUAUGUUGCUGGAGCCCCUUCUUCUAAAACCACUGUCUUGGAGAUAACGAAACAGCCUUUUGUCUUCUGACUCCAAUAUGCUAGGCUUUACAGGAAUCACUCCAACUUUCACUAUCAAUUGUUUCUUGUAGACAGUUUUGCAAGAUUGAAACUUCCUGUGGUGUUUAUCGCUUACAGUGAAUCACUUUGCUAAGUGUACACUAUGUCCCACAAGAUCUCAGGAUGAGAAUUUAGCGCUACUUGCAAGACAGUCAUAGCUAGGUAUCAACAACUCCAGAUAGUUUUGAAAGUUCGGCAAAUGGAUUGAUGUCAAUUGUUCAUUUUC